AUGGACGUGGGCGUGGACGUGGACGUGGACGUGGACAUGGACAUGGACGUGGACAUGGACGUGGACGUGGACGUGGACAUGGACGUGGACGUGGACGUGGACGUGGACGUGGACGUGGACGUGGACGUGGACGUGGACGUGGACGGGGACGUGGACGCCGACGCGGACGUGGACGCGGACGUGGACGUGGACGUGGACGUCGACGUGGAGGACUUGGACGUGGACGUGGACGUGGACGUGGACGUGGACAUGGACGUGGACAUGGACGUGGACGUGGACAUGGACGUGGACGUGGACAUGGACGUCGACGUGGACGUGGACGUGGACGUGGACGUGGACGUCGACGUGGACGUGGACGUGGACGUGGACAUGGACGUGGACGUGGACGUGGACGUGGACGUGGACGUGGACAUGGACAUGGACAUGGACGUGGACAUGGACAUGGACGUGGACGUGGACGUGGACGUGGACAUGGACGUGGACGUGGACAUGGACGUGGACGUGGAUAUGGACGUGGACGUUGACGUGGACGUGGACGUGGACGUGGACGUGGACGUGGACAUGGACGUGGACGUGGACGUGGACGUGGACAUGGACGUGGACCUGGACGUGGACGUGGACGUGGACGUGGACGUGGACGUGGACGUGGACGUGGACGUGGACGUGGACGUGGACGUGGACGUGGACGUGGACGUGGACGUGGACGUGGACGUGGACGUGGACGAGGACUUGGACGUGGACAUGGACAUGGACGUGGACGUGGACGUGGACAUGGACGUGGACGUGGACGUGGACGUGGACGAGGACUUGGACUUGGACGUGGACGUGGACGUGGACGUGGACAUGGACGUGGACGUGGAUGUGGACGUGGACAUGGACGUGGACGUGGACAUGGACGUGGACGUGGACGUGGACGUGGACAUGGACGUGGACGUGGACGUGGACAUGGACGUGGACAUGGACUACUUGGACGUGGACAUGGACAUGGACGUGGACGUGGACGUGGACAUGGACGUGGACGUGGACGUGGACGUGGACGUGGACAUGGACGUGGGCGUGGACGUGGACGUGGACGUGGACGUGGACGUGGACAUGGACGUGGGCGUGGACGUGGACGUGGACGUGGACGUGGACGUGGACGUGGACGUGGACGUGGACGUGAACGUGGACGUGGACAUGGACGUGGACGUGGACGUGGACAUGGACGUGGACGAGGACGUGGACGUGGACAUGGACGUGGACGUGGACGUGGACGUGGACAUGGACGUGGACGUGGACGUGGACAUGGACGUGGACGUGGAUGUCGACGUGGACGUGGACGUGGACGUGGACGUGGACGUGGAGGACUUGGACGUGGACGUGGACGUGGACGUGGACGUGGACGUGGACGUGGACGUGGACGUGGACGUGGACGUGGACGUGGACGUGGACGUGGACGUGGACGACUUGGACGUGGACGUGGACGUGGACGUGGACGUGGACAUGGACAUGGACGUGGACGUGGACGUGGACGUGGACAUGGACGUGGACAUGGGACGUGGACAUGGACGUGGACGUUGA